AAAUUUCUACAUGCACUUAAUAUAUUUUGAUUUAUUAAUACAACUUUUUAUAUUUCGAUAAUACUUCGGUUAAAGAACGAGACGUUGAUACGGAAGAUAUAUUUCAAUAUACAAUUAUUUAUACAUACGCGCAAGCGCGCAAUUCAGAAGAAAGACGUAUAUGAAUAUAUACGUUGAAAUAUUUCUACCAUAACCUAAUUUUGCAAAUACGCACUAGGUCAUGUAUACAAACAAAAUGUUAAAUGUUCGUGUUUACUUGAAAACGUUCGCUUAAAAUUCAUUGAAGAGUAUACGUAUUUGCGACUCGUAAUAAUAUAAAGAAAAAUAUGUGUAACCCGAUAUGAGGGCUAAGUGAUAUCUAUGUAAAGAAAAUUUGUAGCAUAUUGUAUAAUAAUUUGAAUAUAUAUUAUAGAAGAUAACUAUUAUCACAGAUUAUGGAAAUGCAACAUAUAAGAAAUUGAGUAGUAAUAUUUAUAUUGUCCUAUCUUAACAUUCAAGAUACAUACAAUAUUUAUAUCAAUGGAUACCUACGAAUACGACAUAAUCAUACGUCAUCCAAGAUGUAUAAUUUACUUGGAUGUUGAUUAUUUCUAUGCACAAGUCGAAAUGUUGCAACACCCAGAAUUUGAAGGGAAGCCAUUUGGUGUUCAACAGAAAAAUAUGGUUGUUACAAGCAAUUAUAUAGCUCGAGAAUAUGGUAUCAAAAAAUGGAUGUCGGUACAAGAAGCCUUAAGUUUGUGUCCUGAUUUGGUCUUAGUAAAUGGGGAAGACUUAACGAUAUAUCGUCAAUAUUCUGCAAAAAUAAUGGAUAUUUUACAUCAAUUUACUCCAUUAAUCGAAAGGUUAGGCUUGGAUGACAACUUCUUGGAUAUAACAUCGAUCGUACAAAAAUAUAUUUCAUCUAAUAGCGAGUCAAAUGAAAAUAUAAAUGAUUCCACUGAAGAUGAUUCAAAUGAAAUAGUUGGUAACGUGUUUGAAAUAACUGAUGAAGAAUGCCCUUGUGGUUGUCAUUUACGAUUAGCCAUUGCAUCCAGAAUUGUAUCUGAAAUAAGAAGUCGAAUUCAGAAGGAAUUAAAUAUUACAUGCAGUGCUGGAAUUGCACAUAAUAAAUUAUUAGCGAAGCUAUCAGGAUCUCUUUAUAAGCCCAAUCAACAAACACUAGUAUACCCUUGUAGUGCGUCAAAGUUAUUAUCCUCUUUAGGUUCUGUAUCUAAAAUACCCGGAGUCGGACAAAAAACUAAAGAACUAUUGAUAUCAAAAAAUAUAGAAACUGUUGAAGAUUUGCGUAAAAUACCACUGCAUGAUCUAGAAUUAAAGAUUGGUAAAGAUCUGGCGAGAAAAUUAAAAGAUAAUGCGGAAGGUAUAGAUGAAACUGCUGUAAAACCAUCUACAAAAAAACAAUCUAUUGGUUUAGAAGAUGGCUUUAAAAGUGUUUCUUUAGUGGGUGAAGUGGAGUCACGACUCAGUGCAUUGUUACGAAGAUUAACUGAGUUAGCCACUGAAGAUGGUAGAAUUCCAAUUGCCAUGAGAAUAACAGUAAGAAAGCACGAUUUCAAUAAGCCUAAAAGAGAGACCAGACAGUGCGCUUUACCAAAACAUUUGCUUCCUUCCACUAAAUCUGGUGUUUACGACCAUGCUAAAAUGUUAACACUAGCUAUGAAACUAUUUCAUCGCGCAGUUGAUAUUUCUAAACCAUUUCACUUGACUCUUUUGGGAGUGGCUUUUACAAAGUUUGAAGAAAGAUCUUACGGUCGUAGUAGUAUUACUUCUUUCUUACGAAAACAAGUAGCUGUUCAAUCUAUUUUGGACAUAAGUUCAGAGGAAGGUAUUUGUGACAUUAGUUUGGGAUCACCUAUGAGUAUAAAUCAGGAUAGUAACGAUAGCUCUGAACAUUCCUUGUCCGCAACAAGUUUGGCAAAUUCAUUAUCUGGUAUUAAUGGAUCUCCAAUCUCAAAAUUGACGAUUGGUAGCAACCAAUGUACGGAAGAUGAUUUAUUAAGCGAGGUAGAACCACAGUUGAAAAAAACAAAAUUAGAAGUAUGGUUAAAUGGUCGUAGAGAAACGCCCAGCAACGAAAUGGCAAGUUUAAGGCUUGGACCUUCGCCGAUGCAAAUAUCACCAAAAAUGGAUAACACAGUUCUUAAGACCUUACCUAUCGAUUUACAAAGAGAAGUCAGUCGACCUUGGCCCACAACCAGCAAACCUAAACCAAACAAUAUACUUAAAUAUUUUAUAGCUAAUAAGUGACCGAAUUAUGUGGCCUAUUAUAUAUUAAGGCCAUUUUUUACAUAUAUUUUCAUGACUUCAACAUUAGAUGGCAGCAUCUUGAGACUCAUUAGAAACGUAUUAGUCUCAUUUAAAAUAAACUGUAUUAAAUUAUAAAUUUAAAUACUCUAGAAUUGAAUGUUCUAAAUCCAUAUAUUGCAUACAAUGACAUUAAUGUAAUGUGUUGCCUUAUUUGUACAAAUCAAGACUGUUGCAUACACUAUUGUAAAAAAUCAUAAUUCAAUCACACACUUCUGAUAUAAAAUAUGGUAAAAUAAUUCGCGUUUAAAAUUUUGAUGAAUAUAAGCAUUUAAUAAUAUAUUAUAUAAGUACAAUAAAUAAUUAUAUAUUUAACGUUACUUUUGGAUGAAAUAUUAAUAAUGGCACAUGUAUUCUUUCAGAGCAGUUUCAUAGGAAACAAAA